UUAAAAUCCGGCACUAGGGACUAUGGAUUGUCAAGACGAGAGUGUCUCAUUUCAAGUUCACGUUCUUUUCUUAGGUAUUACGCUCAUCCAUAUGCCCCGUUUCAUCGAGUUUUAUGGUAUCACUGCUCGAUGGACCUGUGGGUGAUAGCUUCAAGGAACUGUCUGAACUAUGUAGGGAAACGCCCUACGUCUUUGUUGUUUGCUGGCCUUGCCUUAGCUUGCCUCGGAAUCCAACUUCACCAAGGCAAUCAAGCACAGCAGAAGAUGUAUCCCAGGCCGAUGAUGAGCCAAUCCGCUCUUCAUAACGUAAUACGCUCAAAAGAUUACAUUAUGACGUAGCACAGCAAGACACGGCACGAGGAGACACCGUCAUACCUCUCU